GCCCUUUAGUGGUCAACCUUUACAAUUACUACUACAUGCUGCUCAGUCUUACGUGUGUUUCUCAUGUAUAAAUGGCCUAUAAAAUAUUGUCCAGACUCACUGCGUUAAAUAUCCGACUGAGGUAUGAUUCGGCCGCCUUCAGCACGUUAAACUCCGGCUGCAGUUUGACGGUGGAACAUGACCGACAGAACCGGCGCUUCACCGUCUGUCCGAGCAGCGGGGCUGGUGGCCAUGACUGUGCGGUGCUGCACUACAGAUUCACUGGAGAGAAAGAGGUGGACUUAAUGUCAACUUAUGUACCAGAGACAUACAGGGGCCAGGGUGUUGCUGCAGUGCUGUCACAGGCUGCCAUGGACUUCCUGGUUGAAGAAAACCUCAAGGCUCAUAUCUCAUGUUGGUAUAUAAACAAAUACAUUGAAGAAAACCCUCAAAAAAAUUAUAAAGAACUCAUCAUCACUUGACUGCAGCCUGUUGGUCCAGUACUUCUACCUCAAAUCAACUAUAACCUCAUGUAAAUAACUGUGCUGUGCUGCAGAGGCCAAAUGGAGGAUGUGAAACAUGUCGUAUCUGCGUCAUCUAAAAGUCAUAAUUCACAUUAUAUUUCAAAUUAUAUAGAUGCCUGAUUAAACCUGUUAAAAUUAGGGACAGUAUAUUUUUUAUUACUUUGUAAUGAACAUAAAUGUAAUGCCUAUUAAUUAUGAGUAAAUUUACUCAAAAUCUCUCAAAAGAAACUGAGGGUUCAAUGAUGGUGUUUCUGCGUGAUAUUGAUUUUAUUUCAGUUUUUCGUUUUUUCAAUCUGAAAUAAGCAAAUUGAUCCUUUUUUUUUUAUAUCAGAUUGCACUUUUUUAAUUAUUGUGUCUGUAUCUGU